AUGGUGGUAGGGCUGAGAGCUGAGUGGGAAAAUCCUGAUGUGGAUGUUCAGAAGGGGAGGCAGACAGCUGUGAGCCCAGCCUCCAGCCCUGGCCCGAGUUCUGGCUCUGCAGAGGCUACUGGGUUGAGCUCAGGGAUCCAUUUAGAACCCAACACUGAGCAGGCUGUGCCCCCCCACUCAAACAAGAUCUUUGAUUUGGGUCAGAGGAACUCCAAUCCUUCCAGGCUCGGAGCCAACCCAUUUUUCUGGAACCACUCAGAAGAAACUCUGAACCAAGGCAGUGGCCUUUCUGGUCUAGGCUCCAAAAUGCUGCUCCUGACCACCUCCAAUACUUGUCCAGAGCCUGAGUCCACUCCACAGCUGGGAGCAGAUUCAAGAAGCAUCUCUAAGCUGGACCUGCCUGUAGCUCUGGAUUGUUGCAGGAUUCCAGUGGCAGACUCGAAUAAGACCAUCUCUCAGGUUUCACCCAACAUCUCUGGGUCUGCUUCCAAAGGAGCCUUUGGUGUAACCUGGAACACUAGCUCCCAAGGAGCCAUCGAUUGGACUUUCGGGGGCCCUGACAAGUCUAAUUUGAACUCCACCAGCCCUGAAGUCUCUUGCCUCUCCCUGCUUCCUGUCUCCAGUGACAGCACAAGCCUGCACUCCAGCAUCCUCGCGCCCAAACCCAGCCUUUCUCAGCCCUCCUGUAUGACCUUCCUCCUGGGCUCCAAUGAGACCCUAAGCUCCAGUCUCGUCUUCAGUGACACCUCCAUCCUGUCACUGAGAAGCCAGCAAGACUCUUUGGAGGACAACAGUACCAAGGCGGGGCCCCCGGGAGAGAACCCAGGCCCCUGGAGCCAGACGCCCAUUAUAGAGCUAGGCCAGUUGGCCCUGGCAUUCUCAGCCAGCAUCGCCAAGGACAAGGUCCUCCAAAGCAUUCCAGAGGGAGCCUUGAAAGAGAUGACCUCGUGCCUCGUGACCAUAGAGGACAACAACACCAUGUCUGGGGUUGAAACUAUCUUUACCUUCCAGAAGAAUAAGAAUAUGAUGGACGUGGAAAGCUACAAGAAGACCUUGAUGAAGAUGGUCAUGAGGAAGAUCCAGGAGGAGCCACUGGAUUCUCUAUCGAGCUCUAUCCGCCAGCAGGCCAUGGAGACCCUAACCAGGCUGAGUUACAUCCAGCCUGCACUGGGUUCGCACGAACGGUCUGAGGUGGUGAAAAUGUGUGUGAAGAGCGUGUUCUCCUUGCCCCCUGUGAAGGCCAUGCAGGAGAAAGAUGAGGCCAAGGCUGAUUACAUACAGAGUCUCUACAGCCAGACCUUGGACGCCCUGCAGACUCUGCUCAAAGCCCUCUUUAUUGAAGAUCCCACACCAAAGGGACUGAAGAACAUAUUGGAGCCCCUGGGACCCUGGAUGAGCUCGGGGAAGGUCCACGAGCGAAGACGGGCAGUUCACAGCACCGUGUCUUUGCUGAACCACAUGCUUCUGACCCUGCCUUUCUUUUUCCCAUGCGUUGGCCUUCUGCUGGGGAGACUCAUCCUUCGCGUCGUAGACCCUGAUAAGGAGAUCGCUCAGGAGGCUCUCGAUGGCAUCACUGCCCUCUACACCAUCAUGGUGCUUCAGAAAAGAAACAGAGACAAGGAAGAAGUCAACAAGAAGGAGCUAUAUGAGAGCAACAGGUGCUUCUUGGGGCCCUAUAAUCCCAUCAGCCCCUGCCAGAACAUUCUUCGUGUGAUCUCUGAAAUUGGAGACUUUCUGGGGCCCCAGCAAGUGAAGGACCUGCUGCUGGCUACCCUGGAGGGGCUGAAAGGUGGCAUAGAGACCCAAGGGAAGGACUUGGGCGAGAUGAUGCAGCUGGCCUCUGAGGUGACGCUCAGCUCCGUGCUUGAGUGGUAUCACCACCGGGUGCUGGAGGUGAUCCCUGAAAUCAUGCACGGCAUCUAUAUGCAACUGAGCUACAUCCAAGAACCCCGGGCCCGCAGCGUGGCCCUGCUGCCCAUUUCCCUCCUGGCCAGCUCCUUCAUGACUGAGGUUGUCGUGGCCCUGCUCAUGUGUCCCCUUCCCUUGGACAGCAAUGGAGGCGAGAUGUGGCGGCAGCUGAUUCUGCGCAAGCCCAGCUGUGAUGUCCGAGAGCUCCUGGACCUGCUCCUGAACAGCCUGAAGGAGAAGCCUGUAACCAAGAAAGGCCGCGCCUCCAUCGUGCCACUGGCGGCAGCCAGUGGCCUCUGUGAACUCCUGUCUGUCAACAGCUUCAUGGGCCGUGUACGGCGCAUCUACCCGCAGCUGCUCCUGGCCCUGCUCAUUCAGGUCCACUACCACAUCGGCCUCAGUCUGCCCAGCCGCCUGGUGGCCCACAAGGACUCUAGGAAGGAAAAGGACCCACAAGCCCCUGUCUUUGUGCCUGUCCACUGGGUGGUCAAGGUGGUGAAAACGCUGCUGUUGAAGAUGGGCUGCUCAUAUGAGGCCACAUUUCUGGAGGAUCAGGGUGGCUGGGAGCUCAUGGGACAGGCGGAGAAUCACCACCGGGGAGUGUCCCUGCUGGCCAGGGCCAUGGUGUACUAUUCCUGCCAAGAGCUGUGUCGCAUCCUCUACCUACUCAUUCCUCUUCUGGAACGAGGUGAUGAAAAGCACAAGAUCACGGCCACGGCCUUCUUUGUAGAGCUCCUCCAGAUGGAACAAGUGCGGCGGAUCCCUGAUGAGUAUUCCCUGGGGCGAAUGGUGGAAGGCCUGAGCCACCGAGACCCUGUCAUGAAGCUGCUGUCCAUCCGUGGCCUGGUCAUUCUGGCACGCAGGACUGAAAAGACUGCCAAGGUGCAAGCUCUCCUGCCCUCCAUGGUGAAGGACCUGAAGAACCUGGAUGGGGAGCUGGUGGCAGAGGCCAUCCACAACCUCAAGUGCAUCUUCAAGGGGCAGAACCGGAAGCUGGUAGACACCUCAGUAUAUGUUGAGAUGCUGCAGGCGCUCCUGCCGCACUUCACUGAUUCCCGGGAGGCCGUGCGGUGCUCGUGUAUCAACCUCUAUGGCAAGGUGGUCCAGCAGCUGCGCUUCCCUCCCACAUUGGCCACUGAGGAGCAACUCAUCAGCACGCUGGUGCCUCUGAUGCUCGUCAUGCAAGAGGGCAAUGCCAAGGUGGGCCAGAAGUGUGUGAAGACCCUCUUCCGAUGCUCUUGCUUCAUGACUUGGGAACUCCCCAAAGGAGCUUAUAGCCGGAAACCCUGGGGCAGCCAGAAGCAGGCGGUGACCAAAGUGUGCAACUACCUUGUGAAAAACCACCGAGACAGCGCCUUCACCUUCCUCAGCCAGAGCCUGGAGUUUGCCAAGAACCCUCGGGCCUCCCUCCGCAAGUCUUCAGCUGUAUUUCUAGGGUCCCUGGUCCCCUGCAUGAACAACAUCAUGACGGAGGAUUGUCUGAAAGAAGUGAAGACUGCACUGGAAAACCUGAGACAUGACCCGGAAGCAUCUGUGUGCAUCUGUGCAGCCCAAGCGCAGGAACACAUCCUGACCAGCGUCUGUUACAACUCGUGGUUGUUGCCACAGGGGGACACAUGGGUGAGUGAAACGGCCAGCACGCACUGCUGGAGCUCUAGCUCAGAGAAUCUUCCCACUUCCCAUCAACGGCGCUCCUGGAUCUGGCAGGUGCUGGGGUCCUGGAAGAUGGCCUUGAAGCAGUGAGGUCC